AUGUUCAAAACACCAAGUCGCGGCCUCUGGGUCUGCACGCAAUGCGUCCGACAAGCUUCCCGCGGCCAACAGCGCCGGUGGAUAGCUGCCGCAGCAUCCUCGAGCAUCCCGGCCGACCACGCACCUCCGGGUAGAAACACCGACGAUGCGAUUCUGCGCGAGCUCUUCGACUCGCCCUCCAGAGUUGCGAAAGCAUUCAAGGCGGCUGGUCCUAGCGUUGGCCUAUUCAAGAACCGAUACCUCACCAGCCCGAAUGGCUUCUACGUCUUUGCCCGCCGAAGUUUGGACAAGGCGCAAAAGAUCGUCCGCCGAGUCCUACAUGCCUCGAGUGUUUCUGAGUACCAGAGCAUCGUUAAGGAUCUGGACCGCUUAAGCGAUCUCCUCUGCAGAGUUCUCGAUCUUUCAGACUUUGUCAGAAUGACGCACCCAGACCCGAGGUUUCAGCAAGCAGCUGCAGGGGCCUGGUCCAUGGUAUAUCAGUAUAUGAACCAGCUCAACACCAUGACUGGGUUGAGUGACCAGCUCAUCAAGGCUAUGGAAAAUCCUGAUGUCGUUGCUGCUUGGUCGGAAGAGGAACGCACGGUGGCGGAGAUUCUGAAGUUGGACUUUACCAAAUCGGCCGUCGACCUGCCCCAGCAAGAGCGAGAUCGAUUUGUCGACCUCUCGCAGCAGAUUAGCGAGGUCGGUUCUGCGUUCGUAUCCAACAUGGCCCCCGCCAAGAGGGAAGUCGUGCUGCCGUCGUCGAGCUUCUACGGGCUGUAUCCCGGGAUCGCUCGGGCGCUCACAAUGAGGGGCAAGUUGCGCCUCCCCACCACCGGACCUGAAGCGCAGGCCGCGCUCAGAAGCGUCAAGGACGAGAACACGCGGAAGGAAGUUUUUGCCGCAAUGCGCACCGCUUCGAAGCAGACCGUUCAGAUGCUUGAGUCCAUGCUCAAGCUUCGCUCUGAACUGGCGAAUCUCGCCGGCUUCUCAAGCUACGGCCACCUCGCCUUGAAAGACAGGAUGAUGGCAAAGUCUCCCAGCGCCGUGUCGCAGUUUCUUCAUGCGCUGCAAAAGAACAACACUCCCAUGGUUCAGGAAGAGAUGGCGGAUCUGCUGAAGCUGAAGCAGACUCGUCUAGACAGCACUGCUACGCAGGUCUACCCCUGGGACAAGGAUUUCCUUAUGGAUGGCGUGCGGGCUGAGAUGAGACUUCCCGUCCGCCACCCUGACCAUCUCCCUUCCUUCUUCUCUAUCGGAACCGUCAUGCAGGGCAUGUCGAGGCUGUUCACUCGCCUCUACGGUAUCUCGUUCCAACCUAGAGAGUCCCAGCCGGGCGAGACCUGGCACGAGGACGUUCGUCGAUUGGAUGUUGUGACUGACACUGGCGACCUGAUCGCUGUUCUGUACUGCGACUUGUUUUUCAGAGAGGACAAGUCUCCCAACCCUGCCCACUUCACGGUGCGAUGUUCGCGGGCAAUCGCCCCCUACGAGAUUCAGGAGGCGGCCGAGGACUUGCACAACAGCUCGUCUGACCUGCCCAAGUUCGAAAGACCCGAGCAGGCUGCCAACGAUGGCAUGGAGAGCUUGCAGGAGAACGGGGUUCUGAUGCAAUUGCCUACCAUUGCCUUGGUGUGCGACUUCCCCAAACAUGACGCGAACAGCUCAGCGCCGGCGCUACUGUCCUACUACCAGGUAGAGACACUUUUCCACGAAAUGGGCCAUGCUAUUCACUCCAUCCUGGCCCGCACUAAGCUUCAGAACGUUGCCGGCACGCGGUGUGCUACCGACUUCGCCGAGCUUCCGUCAACCUUGAUGGAGCACUUCGCCGCGGAUCCGUCGGUGCUAGGUCUAUUUGCCCGCCACUGGAAGACUGACGAGCCUUUGCCGUACAAGAUGGUAGCUGAAAGAAUCCGUCUGGCGAAGCGCUUCGAGGGCAUUGAUACCGAGAACCAGAUCCUCCUCUCUCUGCUCGACCAGUCCUACCAUGGACCGGAAGUUGCCGACCGCUCUUUCAACUCCACAAAGGUCUUCCAUGAUCUGCAGAAGCAGUACGCCCAGGGUGGCCCCGAUCCACCCGGCACUUGCUGGCAGGGCUUCUUCGGCCACCUCCACGGCUAUGGGAGCACUUACUACAGCUACGUCUUCGACCGCGUACUAGCCGAACGCGUCUGGAGAGUCGUCUUCUCCGCAGGCGCGGACGGCAAGGCUCUGGACCGGGCCAACGGCGAGCGUCUUAAGGAGAAGCUCCUGAAGUGGGGUGGCAGCCGCGACCCGUGGCAGUGCCUAGCGGAUACGCUGCAGGACGAUCGUCUUGCCAAAGGCGACGAUAAGGCGAUGGCGCUUGUCGGUAGUUGGGGUAUCAAAGACGACCAUGCUUAA